AUGGAUAAACCUCCUCUUCAAGGCAUGUCCCCUUGGGAAUCUGUAGCCUUCUAUUUCCCCCAAAUCUUUGGAGACUUUAGCAACACUGGUCUCGACGUCUUAGUCUGUGGUGACGGUACCUCAUCAUCUCCUUUUACCGCCUGCACUGGCGAUGUCUCCCAAAACUCUUUCACCGCGGAAUGGGUACACGUCAGCUUCCCCCACAGCGGCAGCUAUUUCCCAACCCCUCUUUAUGUCUUUUACGUCAUGUCCUUUGUCGCCAUUAUAUGGCGGACAGAAUCUUGGGCCCCGUCCAUAGCCCUCACCUCGGUCAUGGCUUACAGCGCCACUACGGCCAUUCAUGCCCUCGUUCUCGCCGCCAUCUCGUUGACGGAUUACGUUUCGAGACUGUCUCACCUGCGCUCUGGCUAUGAGGUUGUACUCAUCGGGGGUAUCUCCCAGUCGGGAACUCUUGAGCGUGGCGGCGAGGGCGGACCUGUGUGGUUGCCUCUGAUUCCAAUGGUGUUCGACCCCGACACGGACCUCAUCAACCUGGUCUUGGGCUUCACCUAUCUCUGUGUGAUACCCAUGUAUCGCCGCUCCGCAGUAUACAACAGCCUGACAAACACACCGCGCAAGAGGCUCCUGGCAUGGCUGUGGAUUGCUUUGAUCACCUCCGGCUUUGUGGCAGGCUUUGGCACGAGCAUAUACAUGCAGAUGUGGUAUAGCCCCCAAGUGCGCUUUUGUCCGACCACACAGGAUCAAGAUGGUUCUGUAGGGGCUUACGACAAGCUUCCUACGGCGCUCAAGGGCCCCAACGAGGACAUGGAGGCAUGGAAUCCUGACGACUGGUACCGAUGGAACCGGACUUUGUCGAGGGUGUUUGGGAAUGAAAGCACCACGACAUCUGCUGUGCGUUGUCUCUAUCCCAGUGCAGACUUUUGGUGGCCAACCAGAGAUCCGACGGAGAUGCAGGUGAAGGUAUUUCAACCGCGCCAUCUUGGGGGUGGAGGGACCCCGCCGGCCUUUGACGAGGCAGUUACCCUGGGCAGCCUUGUUCUAUUUUUCACUUCAUCUCUAGCCAACCUGGUCCUUUAUGUCACUCGAAAUUCCCCCAGAGCAGCUCUUCCGGGUUUUAGAUGGCAGCUUGCUGGUUUGCUGUUUCCCAAGAAUUGGAAACUGCGAGUUUUGGAAGUGUUUGCAUCCGUGGUCGUUCCGGUGGCCGGCCUGGUCUUGGCCUUCAUGAUGAACAUCAUAGUCUGGAAGGACCCGCGAAACGAAUUUGAGAGCUUUGCCCACCUCGGACAAUGGGGCUUUGUCUGUAACAUGUUGCUGUUUGCGGGAGGCGUGUUUGUCGCAGGCCCGGAUUUGGACAGCAACCAAAGGGACAACCCGCUUGUUGCACCCGAGGAAUAUCCUCUCCCCACCUUCUCCUGA